AUGGAGGGCUCAAACAGGAGAAGCAACAGCCAAUUACAAGAUGACAAGCAAUCUCGUUUCCGAGGCGUACGUAGGAGACCAUGGGGCAAAUUUGCAGCAGAAAUUCGAGACCCGUCAAGGAAUGGUGCUCGGCUUUGGCUCGGGACAUUUGAGACCGCUGAGGAUGCGGCUCGGGCUUAUGACCGAGCAGCCUUUAAUCUCAGGGGUCAUCUGGCCAUACUUAACUUCCCUAAUGAGUAUUAUUCACGAGUUGACGACUACUCGCUUCGCCCUCCUUAUGCUUCCUCUUCUUCGUCUUCGGGUUCAACUUCUACCGGCGUGAGUCGACAAAACCAGAGAGACGUUUUCGAAUUUGAGUAUUUAGACGAUAAGGUUCUUGAAGAACUUCUUGAAUCAGAAGAAAAGAAGAAACGUAAUCACGGUUAA